AUGAAACCUGAACCUAAGAGGAUCGUUGGGAAUUAUUACGGCUUGUACAAUUAUUACGGAGAGCUGCCCGAAGGCGCGGCGGGCAAGUCGGACCACGACCACGUUCUGGAGCAUUCGCUGCAUCAACUGCUGCGCGCCGUACACCACGCCAACACGCACCACCCCUUCCCGCACCCCGCCACCGGCCCGCUCGGGCCCUCCAAGCGCCGCUGCCUCGCCGGCCCGAUGGCGGCCGACCGGCACGAGCUGCUGGAGAUGAGCCGCGAGCAGUCGCUGCUGGAGCAGAUCAUCCAGCAGGCGCAGCACUUCUUCAUGCGCCGCCGCAGCGAGUACGUGCUCGACACCAUCGCCAAGGAGGUACCAAAGUCAAAGUCAACAUUUCUUUAUCUGCAUUAGGGU